GUAAGUACAUCUGAGAGUAACACAUCCAUGGUCAGAUAAAAUUUUCAGUCAUUUAAAUACUGAGUGUAACGGUCCCGACAUCAUCAGUUCUCAAAAUAUAUUCAAGUGUGAUGGAUUUUUUGUCAAACGGAUUUCAACAGCUUUUCCAUGAUUUGGAACUAAAUUCUUCUUCCUCCAAUGAAAAUUAUUUCCAAGACGUGAAUAACAACAUUACCAGUAAUAGUGACUUCCAUUACACCUGUGACUACUACAGCUACCUUGAUCAGGAGUUUGAAUUUCACCAGGACGAGCCAAAGGAUUCGAUGAUUGGUAUCGAUCGGGCCUUGGAACAGUGUUUAGACUACCUGAUACCUCUGGAAGAAAAUGAAAACCAGUCUGAACAAUCUCAGUGGGAAUGGGAGAUCAAUUUUCUGGACAGUUUGGUGGAAAUGCCCGAACCCGAACAAAAGCUUCCUGAGAAGACACCACUCUGCGAUGAUUCCUGUGAUUUAUUCCUCAAAGAUGCCAGUGAAAAUUUAAAUCUCUAUCGAAAGCUUUUGCCAAGUGAUACUUCUGAUCUGACGGACAAAUCAUAUCCCUGCACUUUUGGUGAAUGCACAAAGAUCUAUGCAAAGCCAGCCCAUCUCAAGGCCCAUAUGCGUCGACAUAUGGGUGAAAAGCCAUACGUCUGCACAUGGCCGGAUUGCACAUGGAAAUUUUCGCGUUCAGACGAAUUAGCCCGACAUCGUCGUUCACAUUCAGGAGUGAAACCGUACAAGUGCAAUUAUUGUACAAAGUGUUUUGCUCGAUCGGACCACUUGGCGAAACAUAGGAAAGUACAUGAACGAAGAUUACUGGCGCUCGGUGCUGGAAAGGAACGUUUGGGUCAGUUGUUGCCUGCAAGUGUUUUUCAAGUGAGACCAGGACGAAAGCCAAAAAAUCAGAAUUUAAGAUGAUGAAUAAAUAUUUUGUAUUAGAAAGUUAGUUUAAUUGUGUGUUUAGUGAAGUGUUCAUAAAAUAAUUUUAUCUUAAAUUUUGUA